AUGCCUCGUCCGACAAAUCGCUCCGAUAUCCUUGUACGACUUCGAAAAGUUAUCUCAGAUGGCGGUAUCAUUGUUGGAGCCGGAGCCGGCAUCGGGCUUUCUGCCAAAUCUGAGGAACAGGGUGGGAGUGAUUUGAUUAUUAUUUACAAUUCAGGAAGAUUUCGAAUGGCCGGUAGAGGGUCAUUGGCGGGUUUAAUGCCCUACAGUGAUGCAAACGCCGUUGUAGUGGACAUGGCAAAGGAGAUCUUACCUAUUGUCAAACAGACUCCUGUCCUGGCUGGCGUGUGCGGGACAGAUCCUUUCAGAGAGAUGCCCGAGUUCUUAGGCCAAUUGAAAGAGCUCGGAUUUUCGGGAAUUCAAAACUUUCCUACAGUGGGCUUGAUUGAUGGCAAGUUUCGACAAAACCUGGAAGAAACGGGAAUGGGAUACGACAAGGAAGUUGAAAUGGUACGAAUCGCACGGGAAAUGGACAUCUUCACAACGCCCUACGUAUUCAAUGUCGACGAAGCAGAACGUAUGGUUCGUGCUGGUGCUGACGUUCUCGUCGCACACGUUGGCUUGACCACCUCUGGAAGUAUUGGAGCCGAGACAGCGUUCUCGCUAGAUGAUGCGGUCAAAAUUGUUCAAGAUAUUCGUGACUCAGCUGUACGAAUCAAUCCAGAUAUUAUUGUGCUUUGUCAUGGUGGACCUAUUGCAGAGCCCAAGGAUGCCGAGUAUGUUCUCAACCAUACGAAAGGCAUUCAUGGGUUUUUCGGGGCGAGUAGCAUGGAGCGACUGCCUGUGGAGAUUGCCAUCAAGGAGAAUGCUCAGGCAUUCAAAAAUCUGAAUAUCCAGCGAAACUGA